AAAUGUCAAAAAUGACAAAAAGUGAAACGUAAACAAAUAGAAACUUAGGACCUUAGGAUAGAAUUAUUCAAUUAUUCAAUUAUAAAUCUUCUAAAUGGCUGGAAUACAAGAAAAUGUCAUUGAACAAAUAAAAAAAGACGAUUUUUAUGGAAAUUUUUUAAGUCCCGAGUCAAAAACUGUGUUAAACGAUUCGUUAUCAAUUAAAGAUCAAGUUAAGAAAUUAGCCGAAGGAAUAGAUACCUUAAAUCAAGAAUUACAUAGGCAAAUUUCAGAAAAACAUGAAGAUUUGCUGCAGCAAGCGAAUAAUGCCACAAAUUUGGAAACCGUUCUAAAUACCAUGAAUAUACAUGUUAGAACAUUAUUUGCUGAUGCGGAAAGACUGAAAGCACAAAUUACCAUGCCUUACAAUGAAUUGGAGAAACAUACCAAAGUAUUAGGUCGAUUACACGUAGCUAGCCAUAUUUUAAGACAAGUUAAUAGACUUCAACAACUAAGCAGGAGGUUAUCUAAUACAAAUGAUCCUGUACAGAAGGCGACUUUGUUACAAGAGUUAGAACAAUUAGCAGCAGAUCCAGAAUUGAAGGAAAUAGACGUUGUAACGAGCGAAUUGAGGAGUAUUAGAACCCACCAACAGAAAGUUGUUCAACUGGCUACGGGAUCAUUAAAUCAAGGCGCUAGAAACGAAAAUGUUACACAAACAACAACAGCUUUGCAAAUAUUUAUUAAUCUGGGCACAAUUCAAUCAGUUGCUGAUAAUUUUAUCGAAAAUAACUUGCACGAGUGUAAAGAAAGUGUAAAACAAGCUUUUGCUGUAAACACGGGCGUUCAAAGCAAGCAUAAAAGUGGCCCCGGCCACGUCAGUCUCACUUCUUCCCAAGGAUUCAGAAAUAAAGUAUGGUCCGAAGUCGAAAAAGCCUUUUCCGAAGAUAUUUACUCAAUAUGCAAGCAAGUGAAGUUCCUUCAAACUACCUUGAACAAUCUCUAUUUGCCCAACGGGGAUUUCAAUGUAGCCGGGAAAUUCUGGCUAGGAUUCGGAAAGGUUAUACGAGAAGAGAUCAGCAAGACGUCUUCGGCGGUUCAACAAACUCUAGAGGAAGACUAUCCGAAACUGCUGAAAUGCUACUUUGAAAUGAUUGUUAAAGUGAAAUAUAACGAGGUAUUUUCUUUCGAUCGAGAUGUUUUGAAGACGCUAGAAAAUUCGUAUCUAUCAUCGUCUUUGAAUAAAUUGCUGGAACCCACACAAGCGAUGUUCAUAGGAGAGAAUGGGUUACCGUCCCAAGAUCAAAUCGAUUCGUUAAUUAGAAUUAUAACAAAUGAAAUAAGUGUGGCUUUAGUGGAAGAAAAUUUAAGCGAACAAAUCGCAAAAAACAUCGCCAAGUGUAUAAAAAUGUUUGCAGUAAAGAUUGAGCAGCAAUUGGAAACAGGUCCAGAUGCUGCUCAGGUUAUAGGAGGAACGCCGAACCCGGGCCAACAAAGGAAUGUAGGUUUAGCGAAUUCUCUCUACUACAUGCAGGCGCAAGUACAAAGAAUGAUGUCCAACAUGAAAGAGUCUCUGACGGAGCAGUCUGUGAAAAUCAUAGAGGAUAGCUUGGGCAGUUUGGACAGCUUAGCUGGCGCUAUUUUACAACCCUUAAUCGUAUCAAUAAAUUCCGUCAUAGAAACUAUAAUAAUAACGAUGCACUUGGAGUCGGAUUUAUCCAAAGCGCAGGCACCGCCGAAGAAUUCUCAAACGUGUUCCCUUUACAUGAAGGAACUCAAUCAAUUUAUAACGAGAGUGUAUCAAACGUACCUAGACGGUUUCAAAAACAAACAAGUAUUAACGACCAAAUGCAACGAAAUCGCCAUAAGGACUAUAGAAUUGUUCGUCAGGCACGCUUCGCUGCUGCGCCCGUUGGGACAAGGCGGCCGGGGCCGGCUCCAAGCGGACUUCCACCGCCUGGAAAAUUCGCUGAAAGUGAUCUGCCCGCAGCUGGCCGAUCUGGGCAGGCCCUACCGCCUGCUGAAGUCGAUGGCCUCGCUGAUAGUGCAAUCGCCCCCGGACAUCGUCGCGGGGCAAACGCCGGAGAGUUCGGUGCCUCACAGCACGGCCCUGUUGAUGCUGUUCGCCUACGGCGGGCCGGAGUUGGCCAGCCCGCACCAGAACACCGGCUGGUCGUUGCCGAAAAUGUCCGCGUGGCUGGACGAGCACCGGAGCGAGGCCGAGCGUUUGGAUUUAAUAGCUGGAGCUUUGCAGAAGUACGAAGGUAUAGUGAGAGUUAAAAAUUCCACUAACUACGAUCCGGUGUAUCCGGUCAUGGCGCAGUAUUUAGAGAGGGCUCUUAAAGAAGGCGAUUAGAUUGUAUGAAUGGAAGUUUAAGGUGAUAAUAAAAUAUGGUAGUAUUUAGAUAAUUUAAAAUUUUAAUUCUAACAAAAUGAAGGAAAACUACAGUAACAUGUAUUUUUGUAUAGAAGGUACUUUUAUAAGCUUGUCUGUAUUAAAUAUGAAAAUACACUUCUAAUGAAAUGAUAACCGAUGUUUACACAAUCAAAUUUUACGCGUGCAAACAUGUAAUUAUCGUUGUAAUAUGUCAUUUAAAUUAUUCUAUUAAAUAUUUCAACAUAUUAAUCUCUAUGCUAUAUGCCUCACUGGUUGUCUACUAGUUUAACAAUAUAAAUAGAAUAUUUAUCAUAUUUAACAACACAAUGAAUUGAUAACAUGUGUUUGUAUAAGAGAGAAAAACCUUUUUGCCUUUCUCGCGAAGUAAAUAAACUAACUUCAUAAAAAACAAAAAUAAUUAUCUACCUUAAUUAAAAUUAUCACAGAUAUCGUUAGGAAAAUAAAGUAAAAAGCGUACUGUUAGUAUUACGUUAUUUCACAACACAUGUGAGCCGUUUGCUCCCCGGGCCGCUUAUCUGUUAAAAAGAAAAAUUUUAACGUCAUGAAAUUAAUUAAAACAAGUAUUCUUUCAAGUGUUUACGACAAAACGGCAUUACGUAUUUACAGCCUUGUUGCUUCGUUGAACAAAAAUACGUCAAUGAUUAGUAAUGAAUUGUAGAUGAGAAUAGCGAUUUUUGGAAAUACCUACAAACUCAAACAUUAAAUACCACACAAUAUUAGAUGUGCCACUAUUGUAAUAUUAAUUCCAAAUAUGCUAGGAUACUAUGCAUUAUUUUACGCACAGAAAUUGUUUUAAGUACAGUGCCUUUGAUAACUCCAUACAUGUAUGGUAAUAAAAACUAUACAUAAAAGCACAUUAAACACAUAAAGCUCUUGUUCAGUGCAAACAUGAAUAAAUGUUAUUUUUCACAAAGUUUCGUAUUCUUGGUUUAUUAACUUUCACAUUGUACAACUUUGUUGCCUACACAUCUAUUUGUUGUACUUAUUUAAAAUAUAGUACACAUGUAUAAACAAUGUCAUAGAGAAUUCUCGAGAAUCGUCACGAAAACAUACAAACUUGAAGUUUUAAAGAACGCGAAGACGCUAUUCUACAACAGUAAGUGCAUCAAAAUUUCAUUUUCGAGAAUGCACCAAAGUCUAAUGUUUUCAAUAAAUUUUAUGAAAAUAUAUUUUAGCUGAUAUAGUAUAGAAAAAGAGAUUAAAAAGUUUUGUCUAUUUACUAUAUGAAUAUUUUUGUUUUGUUUUGAUUUUCUAAGUCUUUUGGUAAUCCUCAGUUUGAGAAUAAUUUGCAACAAAGUCACGAAUUUUAACGCUUAAUCUCUUUUUCCGCCCGCGCAAUUCGCACAAAAACUGUUCCCACUAUCAACUACUGCUAAAUUGGAUACUUUCGAUUCAAAUAAAUUGUUCCCAUUGUUGCCAAAAAAAUAUACAUAUGUAAAUUCUUAUAAACUCGCUUCGCCAUAUUUGAAUCGAAACGGACACAUCCUUUGGAUCCUAUUUGACGGACAAAUAUACACAUACACAAACUGUGCAUCGUGGGAUGUUUCAGAAGUUCACGUUUUCAGUAAAUACAGUACAAUUCGUUUAAGUGAAUGCACUAAAAAAAAAUCGAGAACUGACCCUGAUAUAUCCUCUGUCAAACCACCAUUUAGUGCUACUAUUUAAACGAAUUUUACUGUAUAGACCGACUGUAUUAUACUUCUUUGUUAUUCUAACAAGCGCGAACUUCUGAGAAGCUCCGCCGUGAUUUUUUUUAUACUUGGUUUAACCUUCGCUUUCGUCAUCUUCGUCUUCGUCCUCCUCCUCUUCUCCUUGCUGGUCUUCGCCGGAGGAUUCCUCUUCGCCUAGCAAGUCGUCCGGUUGCUCUUUGGGGCCGAGAGCGGCCUGAACGGCGUCUUCGAACUCCUGGCUCGUCAAAAUUUCGUACGAAGUCGUGUAGUUCAAGCUUAAUUGCUUGAAUAUCGGCUUGGAUUUCUCCCAGGCCUUUAUGUUUUGGUUGAUGGACUCGACGAGGCCUUCGGCCAGAGGG